AGUAGCAGCAGGAGCAGCAGACAGCGCGUGUGCCUUCGCUCAACGUUCGAUGCUGACACUCGAGUGACAGCAUCUGCUCGCGCGUUCUAACAUUUAGCUGCCCACCUCACCACCCCACCAGCUAUCUAUCUGUCUGUACGAGCACGCGUGCACGCCAUCGUCCACGACAUUUCACGCGAAGACAUGGCACAGUUCUGCGGCAAAUGGAAGCUGGCGAAGACUGAGAAUUUCGACGAGUACAUGAAGGCUCUGGGUGUAAACUUUGUGUUACGGAAGAUGGCGGCGACCGCAUCACCCGUCACAGAGAUCACGUACGAAGAUGGCGUGUUUACCGUUACCACGACAACCACCUUUAAGACAAACAUUUUUAAGUUCAAGAUGGGAGAGCAGUUUGAAGAGCAAACAGGCGAUGGCAGGAAUUGCGAGAGUAGCGUGACUCAGGAUGGCAAUAAGUGGAUCCAUGUACAAAAAGAUACCAAAGAGGCUGGCCUAGAAACAACGAUCACACGAGAAUUCACCGACGAUGCAAUGAAAAUGGAGCUGAUUCUAGGUGAAAUUGUGUGCAAACGAGACUACAGCAAGCUCUAAGAAAUCAAUAUCCCGAUAGGCCUGAAUAGCUUCAGCAUUAGUCAUCAUCCAUCAUUGUAUAUUGCUAUAAUGCGUAUAUGCCACAUUUGUAAUUUUUAUUUUGAAUCUUUACAUCGUCGAAGCAUGCAUUAAACUUGAGACUCGCUCGUUGUAUUGUACGCGCGCGCGUGCACGCAAGCAUACGUAAGCACGAACACGUGCGCGCGCACACGAACACGCACAUAUACGCACACGCACCCGCACCC